CGAAAAGUGGAGCGGGCCUAGAGAGUGAACAGCCGCGGAGUGUCGCAGAUUCUCGGCGGUGGCGCGAGUCGCCGCUUUCCCCCUUCCCGAGUUCGUAGUCAAGCACCGCUCUCAUCAUGCUGAUGAGCUCCGCCGCCAGUUCGGACCAGGAGAACCAAGAGAAUGUCCCCCCGGGGACGAAGGGCGCUCCCCUCUUGGUCGCCGCUCCGGGCACCCGGACGGUGUUGGGACUUCUGCGGGACAAUCAGCAUCGCUUGGCCCAGCCACAGGUUCCUCUCUGUCAAAUACCGUGGAGUACUAAUGAUGAGAACUACGUUGACAUUCCAGUUGGCAAAAUGGGGAAUAAGCAACCUGCUUUUACCAUCCAUAUGGAUGAGCCUGAGAGUACGACCAAAGAAAAAGGUGCAACCAAAAGGACUUUGCCUAAUAAGGAGUACCUGGCCUUGGAAGCUGCUGUGGCCUCAAUGGGCAGCAGGAAACCUUUGACUCCUAUAGAGAAUCCAAUGGAUCUUGGCUCUGGGUCUCCAAGUAUAAUGGACAUGUCAAUAGUCCAAGACAUAGAAGAAAGAGUAAACGUUAAUCAUGUACCUGACUACAUUGACGACAUCUUUAAGUAUCUCAAGGAAAUGGAGGUGAAAUGCAAGCCCAAAGUGGGUUACAUGAAGAAGCAGCCAGAUAUUACAAAUAACAUGCGAGCUAUUCUUGUGGACUGGCUAGUGGAAGUUGGUGAAGAAUACAAACUGCAAAAUGAGACUCUUCACCUGGCUGUAAACUACAUUGACAGGUUUCUUUCUUCUAUGUCAGUACUAAGAGGGAAGCUUCAACUUGUAGGAACUGCAGCCAUGCUGUUAGCAUCGAAGUUCGAGGAAAUCUACCCUCCUGAAGUGACAGAAUUUGUUUACAUCACAGAUGACACUUACACAAAAAAACAAGUCCUAAGGAUGGAGCACUUAGUUCUAAAAGUUUUGUCAUUUGACUUGGCAGCACCAACUAUAAACCAGUUCCUUUCUCAGUACUUCUUACACCAGCCAGCUUGUUCCCAAGUGGAAAACCUGGCAACGUAUUUGGGAGAGCUAAGCCUAAUUGAUGCUGACCCAUUCCUGAAAUACUUGCCAUCGGUCAUUGCUGCUGCAGCAUUUCAUAUAGCAAACUACACAAUUACUGGAAGAACCUGGCCUGAAUCUCUUGUUAAAGUGACAGGAUACACAAUAGAAAGUCUUCAGCCUUGUCUCAUGGAUCUCCACCAGACCUACCACAGAGCAGCACAGCAUACGCAACAGUCCGUAAGGGAAAAAUACAAGACGUUAAAGUACAAUGCAGUAUCGCUCAUUGAACCACCAGAGAGACUAGACUUAUAACAAUCAAGAGACUGAGGCUCUCAAAGGUGUAUAUUACCCACAACAGCAAUGUACAGUUUUAAACUUUUACUUAUACUUCAAUCACUCUGGUAUAUUACCACAGAAAAUUAUGAAGUUUUCUACUUUUAUAAGGUUUUAAUGUAAUGUAAACUUUUGUAAAUGCAAUCUUGUUCUAAGUACUUAGGUGGUGCUCUUUAAAGUUCUGGGGAAACAAACCAUGCCGGUAAACCACUUAAGUCACUCCUCAUAGUUUUAAGGAGAAGAGCAGCAUAUCUAAUUAGGGAUUUUGACUCUAAACGACAGAUCAAGAUAGCUUGGAGUCAGUCAGCAUGCUUGAGAUACUACGAGUCAGUCCUUUUCCAGACUCAAAGGUUACUACAGGAUAUUUUGAUACGUCAGUUAGCAAUUUAAUGUUUACAAUUAGCAAAACGAUGCUAUUAGGCCUCUUCCAGCUAACAACUAAAAUCUCAAGCCAGCUGCUGGAAGCCUGUAACAUACACAGGGCUGCAAAACUACAAGGCACUGAAGGUGCUUACAAAACACUGCGUGAACUAUGACUCUGGCCAGCAGUUUGGAGUCAAGGAAACAACUGGUAGGUCUCCUGCUGUGAAAAUAACUGCUGGAGUCUGGAAACUGCCUUGGCUCUGGUAUCGAUGGAGCAACAGUUAAUCUUUGUUGGUAUUUGUCAGACUAGGCUUGGCUUUUUGACCUACAGGUGCAAUGGCUAUGUAUUCAAGACUAGAGUUAGAAGGAUAAUGCAGUGCUGAACAAUGCUCCCCUUAACCACUGCAAAAAGGGCAAGCUCAGCAAACCUCUGCAGGGGGAACAUAUCACUACGCUCCCGCUGUAGGCAAUGAAGGCCAGUUGUUCUAUUUUCACUACAAUUAAGAGUACUGACACAGAAGAAGUAGUGGGCAUCUUGCAUGAAUAAACCCUAGUUCAAAAGGUUUUCUAUAUUUGUAAGAAUGGGUAUUUUAUACUUUUAUCAGUAGAACUGUGUUCUUGUAAACCAGACUAAUGCUGCUUGCUGUGCUUACGGUGAACCAAACCAUGGGAAGAGCAAAUGUAAACUAUCUUGAAG